GAGUUUGGAGGGGCCAAUUUGGGGUCAAUCUCGGGAGGGGGUUUGCACCGCUGCGCUUCGAGCUUUACGUUUAGGUGUUCGGACCUGGGUUAGGUAGCUGCCGGGGCAUCUGGAGUCUGGGAAGUGCCGAAGUACUCUGGUUUGGAGAAGCCCAGACAGCCCUGCUCUCCCGCAGCCAGCUUUUAGACUUGAGAGCCACCAAGGCCAAAGUGAGAGUCCGUCUUCGUGGACGUCUUCGUGUGCCGGGCCCGGGCAAAGGCCCUGCGAUCGAGCAGAGGUGGAGCAACCGCAUUACGCAAAAAAUGAAAAGCUGGGGUUGGCUGGCCCUGCUUCUGGGGGCCCUCCUGGGGACUGUCUGGGCUCGAAGGAGCCAGGAUCUACAUUGUGGAGCUUGCAGGGCUCUAGUGGAUGAACUAGAAUGGGAAAUUGCCCAGGUGGAUCCCAAGAAGACCAUUCAGAUGGGAUCUUUCCGGAUCAAUCCAGACGGCAGCCAGUCAGUAGUAGAGGUACCUUAUGCCCGCUCAGAGGCCCACCUCACAGAGCUGCUAGAGGAGGUAUGUGACCGAAUGAAGGAGUAUGGGGAACAGAUUGACCCUUCUACCCAUCGUAAGAACUAUGUACGUGUCGUGAGCCGGAAUGGAGAAUCUAGUGAUCUGGACCUACAGGGCAUCCGAAUUGAUUCAGAUAUCAGCGGCACCCUCAAGUUUGUGUGUGAGAGUAUCGUGGAGGAAUACGAGGAUGAACUUAUUGAAUUCUUUUCUCGAGAGGCUGACAAUGUUAAAGACAAACUUUGCAGUAAACGAACAGAUCUAUGUGACCAUGCCCUGCACAUAUCUCAUGAUGAGCUGUGAACCAUUGGAGCAGCCCAAACUGUCUUGAUGGAUGACCCCCAGGAGGGGAAGAUGGUGGCAUUGCCUUUUAUAUUAUGUUUUUAUGGAAAUGAACUGAAAAAAUAUGAAACCAAAAGAACAAA